AUGGAGGAGCCCACCUUCACACAUCAGUACGGCCCCAUGCAGUCUCCUGGUGACUCGCUUGAUGAGUUCGAUUUUGAGUCCUUUUCUUCUGAGAACUUCUUAUCGUACCCAUCUUCCUGUCCCAAAACCAGCAACCCCUACUUGUCCAAUUCAACCAUUGAAAAUUUUCAGGCAGAAGUAGAGAAGCCAGCUAAACAGCUCAAGACCACUAGUGGGAAUUUUUUCCCUACGGGAAUCAAAACACCCGAAGCUUCUUCAUCUUCCUCCUCCUGCCUGAUUUCUUUCGGGAACUCAGACUUGAACCCAAUCCCUGACGAUGCACCGACCUUCUAUGGAAAUCUAAACUGGAACGUGAAGCCUAAGGAUAGGGCUGCUUCUAUCGGAAAUAUGAAUUUGGAGUCUUUGAUUUCUCAGGAUUCCUAUCAGAAUCAAGACUAUUCACAAACAUAUGGCCAGGGAACCAAGAGGCUCGGUUUGACAAGAAAUCCUACACAAAAUCAGGAACAUGUAAUAGCCGAGAGAAAGCGUCGAGAAAAGCUCAACCUCUUGUUCAUUGCUCUUUCAGCCAUUGUUCCAGGCCUAACGAAGACGGACAAGGCUUCAGUACUUGGAGAUGCUAUCAAGUACUUGAAACAUCUUCAAGAACGUGUGAAGAUGCUCGAAGAACAGACAGCAAAGAAAAUGGUGGAAUCAGCAGUCACUGUAAAGAGAUACCAACUCUCAGAUAAUGAAACAUCUUCAUCUUAUCACAACUCUGAUAGCUCCUCCAACCAACUAUUCCUUGAAAUUGAAGCAAGAGUUUCAAACAAGGAUGUACUCAUUAGAAUCCACUGCCAGAAAGAAAAGGGAUUUGCUGUGAAAAUACUUGGAGAAAUAGAAAAGCUUCAUCUAACUGUCAUCAAGAGCAGUUUCUUGCCAUUUGGGGAAUACAUUAUGGAUAUUACUAUUGUUGCUCAGAUGGACCAUGGUUUCUGUACGACUGCGAAGGAUCUAGUUAGAAAUCUCCGACUGGCUCUUCUACAGCUCAUGUGACAUGCAGAACCAAUUGAUUAUUUAAUGCACCCUAGAUUGCCAUUGCCAUUUGUGCCCUUUUUAUUUCUUUGAUUUUGGUAUGACAUAACAUGAGGU